AUGAAUAACCUGGCGGCAUUUUACGAUCUAUUCAAGAAACCGACGGAAAUAACCGUGUUUUUUAACAUUUAUUCUAAAGUAUUUCAAUAUUAUGUACAGGUUUUUCCAGUAGUUAUUGGAAUUGGAUCUGUUGUUGUUAUCACAGCAGUUGUAUCAAACUAUGUUUGGGGUAGAAAGUCUAAUUCAAAGAGCAAAAAGAAACUUAUAACAUUGGUCGACCCCAACACAAAGUACCCGCUGCCAUUAAUUGAAAAAGAGGUUAUAAGUCAUGAUACAAGAAGGUUUAGACUUGGACUUCCAACUCCUGAGCAUGUUCUGGGACUGCCCGUUGGACAACAUAUUCACUUGUCAGUACGAAUUGAUGAUGAUCUCAUUAUAAGGUCAUACACUCCAGUAUCUAGUGAUGAUGAAAAAGGCUAUGUUGAUCUUGUUGUCAAGGUGUAUUUUAAGAAUGUUCACCCAAAAUUCCCAGAAGGUGGUAAAAUGUCACAGUAUCUGGAAAAUAUGAAAAUCGGUGACACAAUUGAUGUGAGGGGACCAUCUGGAAGAUUGCAAUAUGCUGGCAACGGAACAUUAUUAGUAAAGAAACUAAGAAAAGAUCCACCAGUCAAAAUUGUUGUGAAGAAACUUAAUAUGAUUGCAGGUGGCACUGGCAUUACUCCAAUGCUACAACUGAUCCGACAGAUAUGUAAAGAUGAAAAUGACAAUACUCAACUAAGACUGCUGUAUGCUAACCAAACUGAACAAGAUAUAUUAGUGAGACCGGAAUUGGAGAAGUAUCAAAGUGAAUAUCCAGAUCAGUUCAGACUUUGGUACACAAUUGAUAGGGCUGAAAAAGAUUGGAAGUACAGUACAGGGUUUAUAAAUGAGCAUAUGAUUAAGGACAAUCUCUUCUCUCCUGCUGAUGAUGUCAUGACCCUUAUGUGUGGUCCACCUCCCAUGAUCAACUUUGCUUGCAACCCAGCCUUGGAGAAAUUGGGAUACUCUGAAAAUUUGCGUUUUGCUUAUUAA